CACAAAGACAUUUUCCUUGCCUGUGCACAAAUGAAAAGCAUGAGGCAUAUAGUGAUUCUGAUGACUCUCAUAAGUGGUGCAUUUGCUGCUCCAUUUGUGAAGGGGGAGCAGGCCAAGAAAUUUUUACGUCUAAAGAGGCAGUCUGGCUACUGGGACCCCAGUUAUCCCCAGAACCAAUGGGGUUACACCUUACAGGAGCAGGCAAAUGAAUACUGGACUGAUUUGAGAACAAAUGCUCAGUAUUACAUGGACAUGGGAAACCUGGUGUUUGACCGUUCUCUGGCUGAUGAGACCAAUAGGCUCUACAUGGACAUGCUGAGGGAUGUAAGAGCACAGCUGGAUGCACACACAGGCCAGCAGUGAUUGAUAUGGACAAAAACGAUCGACUGAUUAAGUCAGUGGCGAGUGCUGAG